AGUCCUAGUCGACCCCACUCGCGGCAUCUAAUAGACAGUGGUUGUAUUUGUCCAAUGACGCUAGUAGUUGUAGUAGUGCUAGGACUGGGUAGGCUUCUAGUAGAAUAAGGAUCACAACUUCUAUGUUUGAUAUUCACUUCAUCAACUACGGUAACGCCCCUCACAUGCUUCCAAUUCCAUUCAAGAGAUAGAGAGACCACCACAUCAAAAUGGCUCUUCACGGUUUGAGUAUUUUCCAUCAGAAGGUACUCAAAGAGCGAGACGUGAAAAACGUCUGCGAUUCUUUGCGGCAUGACGAGGCCUUUUGGAUAUCGCGUAGAGCCGUUCGCCAGCAACUGCUGGGGACGGCUCAAGAGGGAACCAGUGGGUUAUGGUUCAGACUAUUUCACACGUAGAUAGAAGUAUUAACAUACUAACUUGAAGGCAAUAAAUCAAGUCCUUGCACUAACACUACCUUGAAUCAAGAACCAGUCGUCCUCACGGAUCACUUAACGUUAACUACAUCUAAUGAUGCUAGACAGCAUUAUGGUUAAGAAAGACGUAACUUGGACGGCAUUGUUUCUGGCAACAAAAACGAGUCAUGACCUCUACGUCUACUAGAGCUAUUGGUAUUACAAUAACAUAGCUUCCACCUCCACCGCCCAGACGAAGUCCUUCAUCUUCACGUUUACAGCUAUAAGCUAUCAGAAUAUAGCUUCCACCAUCCAGAAGAACAAGUCUUUCAUCUUUAUAGCUAUAACAGAGCUUCCAACGGCCUCAGCUUUGCAAUUCGAAAAGGCGGUCAGAGAGAUACUGUUUCUCAGUGGCUGCACACACCAACUGCGGAACUACACCUGUGCGCGAGUAAAGGACACGGCCGCUUCGGAGAACCAGUUCCGGCAUGUCCUCUGUCCAGAAUACCCCUUGCCGCCAUUGUUAUGGAAAAAUGAUGUCUUUCUCCUAUUACAACUUCUUUGUCUAGUUAUUUGCAGUAGAUGCUCAUUACACGAACACGUAAGUAGUAGAGGACAUUUAGAGUAGUAGGCAGAGUAGUAGGCAAACGUACUAAGUAGUAGUGUAGUAGGUAGAUAAUCGCUGUAGCUUCCGUUGCAUGUUGUCUCGGUGUCUCUUUCAUAUUGCCCAGCAACCGCGCAUCCAUCGAGCUUGAACGUUCUAGAGGUGCUUUUUCAGAACUGGAGCGAUCUGCUAUUGCGCGAAUUGAAACGCUAUGCUGCUGAGCAACGACAGCCAUUUUUAUGGCACCUGAAAAUAGCAUUUUUGUGAUGUGGAUAUGAAGUAGAAGUCAUCUUCUUUGUUCCUCCAUUUCGUUCUGGUUGUGGUUCACCAAGUCAUCUUCUUUGUUCCUCCAUGUCGUUCUGGUUGUGGUUCACCUAAGCUGCAAUAGAUAAGUAGUACCUACAACAAGAGGAAAAUUUGAUUAGAUCAAUGCAAGAUAAAAAUGAUAGGAUAAGUACAAAAAACAAAAUCUCAAGUAGACACUCUUUUUCUCUAAUACACGCGCGCGAUGCACAGGCUGUGCAGAGCAGAAAGGAGGAAAUCGAGUCGUUGCACCCGUUUCUCAAGCAUCAAACGAUUCCCAAUCUCUUCGCAGAACAAGAGAGUGGUAAAGGAGCCAGACCUUUAGUCGAGAUCCGUGACCUUUAUUAAGGCUUGCCGUAACAGUAAUUCAUCUCAAAAGUCCUCACAGAUUCUUCAAAACGUUUUCAAGGGCGGAAAAGCACGCCAGAGGUGAUGACUUCCUCUUCCAAUAAGAGAUAAUAAUUAUCAAGAAAAUCGAUCCGGUCAAUGUCCUCUAAGUCUACCGACUACUAGUGAGCCGCGGACCGCAAACGGACUUACAUUGGAUUCACAUGCCAGCGCAGGUUUAUGUUCCAUCUUUUGGCGAACUACGAAGGAAGAUGCGCGAACUGAAUCCGGACUUAUGUGGCGCUAAAAGAAAGCAUGUCAACAUUUAAGGCAUUAGAAUCGGAGAGAGGCUCAAGGAUCUGAGUAUGUGAGAGUAUGAUUAAGGCUCAAUAUAUUUCGUUUCUACAAGUCAUUUCUCCCUAUUUCCUUCUUAGGAUUGGGAGAAAUGUAGGCAAGAAAUGAAUUGUUUUGAGCUCUAAUAUGAGUUGUAUUUGUAUGUCAGUCGGUAGAAUCUUCUGCAUUCUUUAGAAUCUGAGAGCAUGAGUUGUAUGUCGGUAGAAUAUUCUGCAUUCUUUAGAAUCUGAGAGCAUGAGUUGUAUGUCGGUAGAAUCUUCCGCAUUAGAGUCAUCGAGUAUGACCAUGUCGCAUUAGAAUCAUUGCAUUAGAAUCAUUGAGAGAGUACGAGUUGUAUGUGGGUAGAAAAUGAGCUAUUUUUGCUUCUAAUACAGGGGAGCAGAUGAUGUGAGUACGAAGGAGAGGUACUUUGUGGACGAAGUACUCAGUGGGACCAGCGCCAUAGGCCCUGGCGGCAUGUGCGACGAAAGGAGUGAAGAGUGUCGGGGAAAGAGGGAGAAAGAAGCGGAUAACCUCUGCGACGGUUACGGGGAACCCUACGCGCCACUGGUAUUGCAGUUUUGUCGACGUGGCGUACCCUGUAGUCUGCGAAAAGAUAUAUGGAGAGCGGCUCUGCUGUCUGGAGGAACUGCCGGGAUACCUCUCGAGCCCACUUCUGCGGAUGCUUCCUCUGUUGGGGAGUUAUGACGGACAUCAGUUGUUUAAAAGCUUGGUACUGGUGUAGUUCUAGCUCCCCUUUACUUCAAAAUUUGUGAAACUAAAGACUUACAUCGAAACAUUAUCUUCGACUCGCAACAAAUAUGUGAUGUUCCAACUAUCCCGCCAAAGUGAACGACAACGUCCUGCUCUAAUACUAAAACAAGGAAAGGACGACACCACGAAUAGAAGCUGUGGAGCAGAACAACAGCAGCAGCAACCUCAGAAAAAGCUCUCGACAGCAACGUUCGAACGACAACGCAACUGGGUGAAAAACGUCGGUGUAGCUCUAGUUCGGCAGACAGAGUGGAUUACUGAUGAGAUUCUCAGACAGGAUUUGUCUUUAUGGUCUGUGAGACUGGUGCAUUCCACAAGCACAACUUCUAUGAUGUGAUAAUGUCUCUUAGCCCUGCCCCCAGUAUGUUGUAAUUUGGAUGACUUUAUAGUUGAACAAGUUAAUUAAUUGUUUCAAAGGGCGGUGGCAUAUGGUUCUAGCGCAAAAAAACUCUUAGGUGGUUCUUUUAAACGGCGACAGGGAUACACACAUGACAAAUUCCUGCGUUUUCAGUGUUGAUGUGGUACAUUCAACUUCAACAGAUGGCAUGGACUUGCACUGGUAAGUAUCUUCAAGGAUUCUCGGGAACUACUAACUAUCUAAAAGAGAUUAUAUCUGUGUCUCAUUGUAGUAUUUGCACAUAACACGACAAGAAAGCGGCCUAUGUUGGUCAAGUACACGAAGACGAAGUUCGAUACAGCAUGAGAUUUUGAAAUGUCGUCUUCAACGUGGAAACUUCUAACCCCAGAACACGCGGGAAGCGACACGCACUACUUCCCAUUCGACGAGUUGACCGAGUCUCUGGUUUUAAUGCUUAGUCGCGACACCGAGUUGUUCAAGGACUGCGCCCUGUCUCCUCAAAUACCAAUAGAGACGGCUCACGUUGAUGGUUAUGGACGAGAGGAAAGUCUAACUCACUCAACAAACUGAAUGAAAUAGUAAAAAUAGUGCUCAACAACUACAUUUCAUAAAUUUUCUUCCACAAUCGAUGCGCAAGAAAUAACUCGUCUGUCAACAUUCUGAGUUGUGCUUCGCUAGAAGUUGUACCAACUGGAAUUAUGCGGACGUUCAUAAUGAUGCGUCGACUUACAUACCUCCAUGUGGUAUUGUGCCGUUUCAAGGGUGGACCGCGUAUGCUGGACCAUUCUGCUACCUGGCAGUAAAGCUUGAAGACGCAUAUCCGCUUUACAGGGCUUUCUAUUAUGGAGGUUUCAUCUUUCAGAUUCAAGAAGAAGUUAGGUUGUUGAUUUAGAACAUUUAGAAAACAACUUUGAUUUAGAUCAUUCAGAUUUAGUGAUGAGUGUAAGAACAAGCGCGUGUUGUAAGAGCAGGAGUUGUAGCUAUAUCUUCUUUCCGACGACCCUCCUUGACAUGUGGCCAACUUCACAAUUAAAGAUUUUGAUCUUUAUUCCCGAUAGACUUUCCUUUGCGUGCCCUUCCUCCUUCAUCUUCCCUGCCGCUUUUUUUGCAAGCUGCACUCCAUCAGCAUGGAACAGGGCAGCCUAGUAUCACUCUGCAGUCUGUUCGAGAGCCUCUUCGCCUUGCAUUGUCCCAAAGCUGCACACAACCUGAUGGAAAUGAGCCCCACUGAGCCUUUGGCACUAAAAAUCGCUUUCCCGUGGAUUGUUAGUGGAUUUGCUGGGUGCUUAUACAUACUCUCACUUCUAUGCGUACUUUUUAGGACGACUUGAAGUUGAACUUACUAUGUCUAUAAGUAGUCCUUUUUGUUGCUUUUUAUGUUUUUGCAGAACCUGCCACACAAUAUUGUCAGCCUUCAAGAAGAAUACGUUUGUCACAUCGAUCGCUUACAAAUACUUUGUGAGAAUUUGGAAUCUACAUGCUUGCUGUACACGACCAUUGAGUAGGCAGAGGCUACUCCUAAUUUUUGAUGUAACAACUGACUCAUCAACGACAAGAUCUGAUUCUAUCAAUUCCUCGACAACCUCGUCACUCUCAGGCACCUCCAGACCGAUGAACUUUUGCUCCUGUGGGACCGUAUACUUGGCUACGACUCGACCGAAAUUGUGGCGGUUUUUGCAGCUGCCAUCUUCGCCCACAAGGAGAAGCUGGUGGUCAACGCGAAAAAUUUGGAGGACUUGGAAGUGCUUUUUGCAGAUGUUUCGCACCUAAAGGUCAUUCCGCUGGUGCAACAGCUGCUCUGGCCGGUUGGGAAGUAGAAGACAUCAUCUUGUUUUCUGCUGUUCUUGUGAAUUUACUUAUAAUAGGUUGUUUCUGUUCGAUAGGUAAUUUUUCGGGUAACUUGUAGAUACUUAUGAUUAUGUUCUCGCGCUGUAGUAGUUGUUGACUCUGUUGAUGAAGAAGAUGACAACUCCAAUUCUUUGCUUUUCUUAUGACCACUGGAUCGCUCAUUAUGAAGAAGAUGAACCUAUGAUUUGUUGUCUGACUGGCUGAAACUGUGUUGAAUCUCUUUUCAUUGGACACGAGCUGCAGAUGGGUGAAAACAUUCUUGUGCGUGGGAGGGAGAAAGAUUGAUAUUCUUGAAGACUUCUUGGCAAAUUAAUGUUUGGGAACAAACUGAUCUAGCUCGCAAGAUCAAGCUGGGUGUGGA